AUGAAAGUUGAAGAAAAAUUGAAUGAAGUGGAACAACAAAAUUUAUCAGAAAAAAUGCGUCAAUUAUCAACUAAUGCAACACAUGAAAAAGAUCCUAUCAAGAUAAUGAAAGAGAUCAGAGAUCAACUUGAAAUAAUUCCAAAUUAUUUAACAAAGCAAAAUAUAUCUUUCAAAGAACUUAUGCAUCAAGUCUUAUCGUCAAUAAUAACAACAACAGAAAAAUUAAAGAAUAAUAUGGAUGAAUUAAGAAAAAUACCUAUUUUAAUUUAUAAAAUUAUGGUUAUUCAAACUUAUCAAUAUUUAUGGAAAACUUAUUUCAAAUCAGGUACAGGACAAUUGAUUAUUCCAUCUGAAACAAAACAAAAGGUAUCCUAUUCAACAACUUUACCAAUAUGGCCGAAAGAAAUAAAAACUAUUGUAUUAUCAAACAAGAAAGAUAAAACAAAUGGAAAUGAAAUUUGUUUAAAAUUUGUCAAUGAUCAUCUAUAUGCACUGCAGCAUCAAUUAAAGCAAUAUUAA